AGAUGCUGGAGCGCGCGAGCACUGGUCGCCCCACUGCAUUGGAAUUAAUCUUCGCAUCACACCAUCGCUGGCAGCUUCCAUUAUUCCGGGGAAAUAAUAUGUUUCUUGAUACCAUUUGGGACUGACGAGGCGUUCCUCCUCAUCGAAGGUUUAACAUAAAGAUACCCAAUGCUGUCUUUUACCAUGCAGCGGUACUGCAGGGUCAAGUCCAACAUGGAGGAUUUAUGUUAUAAACCUGGAAGUCGCUUCAAACGAAUGUCAUCAGGCAAGCAGAUUGGCCAUUGAAUCAAGGUAGAUUAGGUUGUGCUCUAGGACUGAAGAACAGAGAGAUACAUUUUUUUUUUUUUACCAUGCCUCUACUUUUUCAGCCAUCUAAUGUAUUUUUGCUGCUCAGUACACUCCUGGGCAUGGGCCUGGGUCUGGAGUUCACAGGCUCUGAGGGCCAGUGGGCUCGGUAUCUCCGCUGGGAUGCCAGCACAAGAAGUGACCUCACUUUUCAAUUCAAAACAGCUGUAUCUGAUGCUCUAAUGCUCUACUUUGAUGAUGGCGGUUACUGUGACUUUCUGCUUCUAACUAUCACAGAAGGGAAAAUGAAGCUUCAGUUUAGUGUGGAUUGUGCAGAAACUACGAUAAUCUCAGACAAAAUGGUCAAUGACAGCCGCUGGCACUUUGCCACCAUCAGCAGGCACAACCUGCGAACAGUACUGACUCUGGACGGAGAGUCCAAAGCAGAUGAAGUGCGACCGCAGAGGCAGUUCAUGAAAAUUGUCAGUGACCUUUACCUUGGAGGAGUUCCUCAAGACAUCCGGACCUCAGCUCUAACGUUACCAGCUGUCAGGGAGAUGCCUCUUUUCAAGGGGAUUAUUACUGACUUCGGCUAUGGUAAUCAGGUACCCACACGCCUGGGGAGCCAAAAUGUCCGGCUGGAGAUGGAGGGCAUGUGCACAGAGAACCCCUGUGAAAACGGGGGCAGCUGUGUUUUGGCAGACGGAGAGCCAUACUGUGACUGCUCUAAAACUGGAUAUGUAGGUCGUUACUGUAAUGAAGCGGCCACCAAAAGUCCUGGUUUCGCACACAUGGUGAAGUCUCAACAAGGCAGAAACAAAGCCCGGGAAGAGAAUGUAGCAACAUUUCGAGGCUCUGAAUAUUUCUGCUACGACCUGUCACAGAACCCUAUUCAGAGCAGCAGUGAUGAGAUCACGCUAUCCUUCAAAACCUGGCAGCGCAACGGACUUAUCCUCCACACGGGAAAAUCAGCCGACUAUGUCAACCUAGCGCUAAAGGAUGGAGCUGUUUCAUUGGUCAUUAACCUGGGCUCAGGAGCCUUUGAGGCAAUUGUGGAGCCUGUCAAUGGAAAGUUCAAUGACAAUGCCUGGCAUGACAUCAAAGUGACACGCAAUCUGAGACAGCACUCAGGCAUUGGACACGCUAUGGUGACCAUCUCGGUGGAUGGUAUCCUGACCACCACUGGCUACACUCAGGAGGAUUAUACCAUGCUGGGCUCGGAUGACUUCUUCUAUGUGGGGGGCAGUCCCAGCACUGCUGAUCUGCCUGGAUCUCCAGUCAGCAAUAACUUCAUGGGCUGCUUGAAAGAGGUGGUCUACAAAAACAAUGACAUACGUCUGGAGCUGUCUCGACUGGCCCGAAUUGCAGACCCCAAGAUGAAGCUGCAGGGCGAUGUGGUCUUCAAAUGUGAAAAUGUGCCAACUCUAGACCCCAUCUCCUUUGAGACAGUGGAGUCAUUCCUCAGCCUGCCCAAGUGGAACACCAAACGAGUGGGUUCCAUCUCUUUUGACUUUCGUACUUCUGAACCCAAUGGACUGAUUCUUUACACUCAAGGAAAGCCCCAAGACAAGCGGGAUGCCCGCAGCCAGAAAAGCAACAAGGUGGACUUUUUUGCUGUGGAGCUUUUGGAUGGCAGCUUGUACAUUCUGCUGGAUAUGGGAUCGGGUACAAUAAAGGUAAAAGCUACGCAGAACAAAGUCAACGACGGGGUGUGGCAUCAUGUGGAUAUUCAGCGAGAUGGAAGAUCAGGAAUCAUCUCAGUGAAUAGCCGCAGAACACCCUUUACUGCCACUGGGGAAAAUGAGAUUCUGGACCUGGAAGGGGACCUUUAUCUGGGAGGGCUUCCCGACAACCGGGCUGACCUGGUGCUGCCCACUGAACUGUGGACCGCUAUGCUGAACUAUGGCUAUGUGGGCUGCAUUCGGGAUCUUUUCAUUGAUGGGCGCAGCAAAGACAUCCGACAGAUCGCAGAGGCCCAGAACAGGGCUGGGAUCAAGUCCUCCUGCAGCAAAGUAAGCGGCAAGCAAUGUGACAGCAACCCCUGCAAAAAUAAUGGUGUCUGCAAAGAGGGCUGGAACCGCUUUAUCUGUGACUGCACUGGAACUGGGUACUGGUCCAGAACCUGUGAAAGAGAGGCGUCUAUUCUGAGCUUUGAUGGCAGUAUGUACAUGAAAGUGGUGCUUCCUAAUAUCAUGCACACAGAGGCAGAAGAUGUGUCACUGCGCUUCAUGUCCCAGCAUGCCUUUGGUUUGCUCAUGGCUGCAACUUCCCGCGACUCAGCGGACACACUACGGCUUGAGCUGGACGGAGGCCAACUGAAACUCACUGUCAACUUAGAUUGUGUCAGGAUAAACUGUAAUGCCAGCAAAGGCCCCGAGACUCUGUAUGCUGGCCAAAAGCUGAAUGACAAUGAGUGGCACUCGGUCAGAGUGAUGCGACGUGGUAAAAACUUCAAACUCACAGUGGAUGAUGAUGUUGCUGAAGGUCAGAUGAAUGGCGAUCACACACGGCUGGAGUUUAGUAAUUUGGAAACAGGUAUUCUGACUGAGCGCCGCUUUGCCUCGUCAACGCCGUCCAGCUUCAUUGGCCACCUGCAGGGCCUCAAGUUCAACGGUCUGCUCUACAUCGACAUGUGCAAGAACGGAGACAUCGAGUUCUGUGAGCUCAAUGCUCGCUUUGGCCUGCGCUCUAUUGUGGCAGACCCAGUCACAUUCAAAACCAAGGGCAGCUACUUGGGCCUGGCAACACUGCAGGCCUACAGCACCAUGCACCUCUUCUUCCAGUUCAAAACCACCUCUGCUGAUGGCUUUAUUCUGUUCAACAGUGGAGAUGGCAGUGAUUUUAUUGCUGUGGAGUUGGUUAAAGGGUACAUACACUAUGUUUUUGACCUGGGAAAUGGACCCAGCCUGCUGAAAGGUAACAGUGAUGGUCCUCUUAAUGACAACCAGUGGCAUAGUGUGAUCAUUACACGAGACGCCACCAACACUCACACUCUCAAGGUGGACACCAAAUCGGUCAGCCAAGUGGUCAACGGCGCUAAGAACCUUGAUCUGAAAGGUGAUCUGUUUGUGGCAGGUCUGGGACCCAACAUGUACCACAGCCUGCCCAAACUGGUUGUGUCUCGAGAGGGCUUCCAAGGAUGUCUGGCUUCAGUGGACUUGAACGGCCGGCUCCCAGACCUCAUCAACGACGCAUUGUUCCGCAGUGGCCAGAUUGAACGUGGCUGUGAAGUUGGUUUCACCAAAGCUGACUUGCAAGGGCCCAGCACCACAUGCCAGGAGGACUCUUGUGCCAACUUUGGAGUGUGCAUCCAGCAGUGGGAGAACUUCACUUGUGACUGCUCCAUGACCUCCUAUUCUGGCACAACAUGCAAUGACCCGGGAGCCACAUAUAUCUUUGGAAAAGGUGGUGGAUUAAUUACUUACACAUGGCCCAGCAAUGAACGACCCAGCACAAGAACAGACCGACUGGCUGUAGGCUUCAGUACCACCAUCAAAGAUGGCAUCCUGGUUCGCAUUGAUAGUGCUCCUCGACUGGGUGAUUACAUCAUGCUGCAUAUUGAGGAAGGCCAUGUAAGUGUGACAUUUAACAUUGGUACCGUGGACAUCACUGUCAAAGAGACCACCACAGCAGUGAAUGAUGGGAAGUAUCACUUGAUACGCUUCACUAGGAAUGGAGGAAAUGCUACACUACAGGUUGACAACUGGCCAGUCAAUGAGCAUUUUCCAUCAGGCAACAGUGACAUUGAACGCUUUCAAAUGGCUAAUAAGAAAAUCCCGUUCAAAUAUACCCGGCCGGUCGAAGAUUGGCUACAUGAGAAAGGACGGCAACUCACCAUCUUCAAUACCCAAGCCACGAUCUCAAUAGGUGGAAACGAUCGUAAACGUCCAUUUCAAGGCCAGCUUUCUGGCCUGUACUACAAUGGGCUAAAGGUUCUUAACAUGGCCGCUGAGGGUCAUGCCAACAUAAAGGUGAAUGGCAGCGUGCGGCUGGUGGGAGACGUACCUACCAGUCGGAGCCCUUCCCGGACUACCACCUCCAUGCCCCCUGAGAUGUCCACCACUUUCAUAGAGACCACUACAACCCUGUCCACAACGACAACCCGAAAACAGCGCUCCCCACCCACUAUCCAGACAACAGAUGACAUAGUGUCCUCAGCAGAAUGUUCCAGUGAUGAUGAGGACCUGGAGGAGUGUGACACAGGGCACCCAGGAGGGGAAUUAGUGAUUCCCGUUCUAGUUGAGGACCCCAUAGAUAUCCCUCCAGUUUCCACUCGAUCCCCUUUCAUUCCUCUUCCCCCAACCCUACGCCCUGUUCUCACCAUUAUUGAGACCACCAAAGAGUCCCUGUCCAUUGCCACUGAGGUGGGCGUACCUUGCUUGUCGGACCGAGGCAACGAUGAUUGUGAUGAUGAUGGUGAUGAUGAUGGUGAUGGCUUGGUGAUAUCUGGGUUUGGAUCUGGGGAAACAUACGACUCUAGCCUCCCUCCUACUGAUGAUGAAGAUUUUUACACCACCUUCUCCCUGGUAACAGAUAAGAUCUUGACCACAUCGGCCUAUGAAGGUGGCUACAAAGCUCUCGCACCCAAAUGGGAGACAAAGGACUUUAAGCCUAGUAAGGCUUCUGAGGCAGGCAGGACUACACUCAUACCACGUCUGCCUGACCCUAGAAGCUCAGUAGCAGCAUUUGUUACAUCUGAGGCACCUCCUAAAAUUCCUGCUGGUAAAAUAAACAACCGUGAGGUCAAACCCCAACCAAAUGUAGUGCUGCUCCCUCUGCCCACAUCUUACGACAAUGAUGGCACCAAACCAAGAGGCCCGCUCAACACUCAGCCCAUGCUGCACAAUGUUCCCAGCGCACUGCCCACCAUACCAGGAAUCAGGAGGGUUCCACCUGGUGCCUCGGAAGUUAUACGCGAAUCCAGCAGCACUAUGGGUAUGGUGGUGGGUAUUGUGUCAGCUGCUGCCCUUUGCAUCCUCAUCCUACUCUAUGCUAUGUAUAAGUACAGGAACAGAGAUGAAGGUUCCUACCAAGUGGAUGAGACACGAAAUUACAUUAGCAACUCAGCACAGACUAAUGGCGCAGUAAUUAAGGACAAGCAGCCCAGUACCAAGGGCACCAGUAGCAAGAGAACACGAGAGAAGGACAAGGAAUACUAUGUAUAAAACAAAAUCUGAACAACGGACCCAAAACUGGAGAAUCUUUGCAGUACUACAUUUAAAAAGGAAAUUCUCUAAGAACUCAGAAACAUUGAGUCUGAAAUAAAUUAUAGGCAUUGUAGUUUGAAGCAGACUUUCUGUGGUAAGGGAACGGAGAAUGUUGAUGGCGACAUGGAGGAUCUUGUUUAUUUCUGUCUGGUUAUGGGCCAUAACCAGUGUAAAAUAUGUCAUUGUUACAUUGUUAUCCCCAGAAUGACUUUUUAAAGUACAUGAUCCUUGGCAUAAAAAGUGUCCACUGUAGCCCUGUAUAAUACAGUAAUGAUCAUGAACCAUGUUGGGCAUGCAUGUCAAAUGUGUGUGAUUUAGUGUUGGCGUCUUUGCAAGAGCAGAGCUAGAGAAAGACUUGUUUUGGUGCGAAGGUAAACUGUGAGCACAAUUUGCCAUAAAAGCAGCUCAUUUGUUUUGUUGCAAAUCUAAUCCUGAAGUUUUAAGGAGUGGGUGGUGGAAAUGACACAUUUGAAUAAUUUAUUUCAUUUUUGCAUUUUUUUUUAAUUUUCCAUUUCUUCAUGUCUGAUAACUGAGGACAUUCAAAUAUUCCAUUCAGAUUUCAGUGUGACCUGUGCCAGAGUCACUUAAUAGAUGGGCUUCAUUCACCUUCUUAAAAGCAAUUUUUUUUGAGACAAAAUAAAAAAUGUUCUUUU